AUGCACCUUAUCAUCAACUAUUUCCACCCUUUCUGAAAUCUGAAAAUUCUUAUCGAGGUCACCAUGGCAUCACUUAGUAUCAGUGCCUCUGCUUCCGCCUCCGCUGCCAGUGCGGGCUCGGGCGGUGCGAGCUCGGCCGCUGCCUCCGCCUCCACCACGAUCAACCUGGAACUUGAUAGAAUACGAGGUGGGCGUGGACGAGGACGUGGUGGGCGUGGAAGAGGAGGUGGACGUGGGCGCGGACGUGGUGGGCGUCGAGGAGGUGGUAGAUUUUCCCCGAGAUUUAAACGCGAUGUGGGCGAGGACGAAGACGCCCACAACCGGCUGCUGGAGGUCGUCUCCGAGCAGGACGAGAGCGGCUGCGGCAAGCGGCUGGUGUGCGAGCUGGCCGCCGCCGAAGCCGAGGACGAGCGGGAGAUGCUGGAGGAGGAGCUCGCCAUCCUGGAGUUCGUCGGCGACCUCGUCCCCGGCGAAGACCUGAGGGCUCAAGGGGCGGCCCUGGACUACAAGCUCGCCAAGGCGCAGGGCAUGGAAGGGCGCGACUGCGGUCUGCUGUACCCGUCGUGCAUCUACAACGGCACGGAGAUCAUGACGUCAGUGCUGGCUUACCUGUCCUAGAGAAGCCGUUAGUGCACCGCUGUACAGGCAGC